AUGAAGUUGAUCGCUCGCAAAGCUGUCGUGGAGCCACUCUUCACUCUACCUGCCGUCUUCCUCGGCGUCCUUCUAAAUCUCUUAGAUGCGUUGUCCUACGGCAUCAUCCUCUUCCCACUCGGAGAAGAGGUUUUCAAAGACAUGGGCCCGGAUGGAGUGUCCAUGUUCUACGUCAGCUGCAUCAUAUCGCAACUCGUCUAUUCGUCAGGCAGCAUUUUCCGGGGCGGCGUGGGCUCCGAGAUGAUCGAGGUUGUUCCCUUCUUUCACAAAAUGACCUACCUGAUCAUGGAACAAGUGGGCACAGAGAAUCCCGAGGCCCUUCGAGCGACGGUCAUUGUGUCUUAUGCCAUGAGCUCCAUCAUCACCGGGAUGGUGUUUCUUGGGCUGGGUGCCGCCCGCCUUGGCACUCUCGUCAACUUUUUCCCGCAUUCCAUUCUUACCGGGUGCAUUGGUGGCGUGGGGAUCUUCCUAUUCAUCACAGGGAUUGAGGUAUCGGCGAGACUCGAUGGAAACCUGGAGCCUUCCAUGGAGGUGCUGCAAAAGCUGUUCUCUGCAGAUACGGUCCCGUUGUGGAUACCUCCACUGUUUCUCGCGAUCCUUCUCCUAACCGUCAAGCACUUCUACGACCGACCCUGGCUUGUGCCCGCUUACUACAUCGGCAUCACUGCGAUCUUCUACAUUGUGACGACUGCCAUUCCAUCAAUUUCCAUGGACAACCUGCGAUCGUCAGGUUGGGUGUUUGAAGCGCCGGCUGGAGUGCCAUUCUACAACUUCUACAGCUACUAUCAAUUCGGACUGGUCGACUGGGGAGCGGUCUGGAUGACGAUUCCGUCGCAGCUUGCGCUGACAUUCUUUGGCAUCCUUCAUGUGCCGAUCAAUGUUCCGAAUUUGGCCAUGGUCGUGCAAGAAGAUAACGUCAGCAUCAACCGCGAGUUGAUCAUGCACGGCAUCUCCAACACCCUCUCCGGUGCGGUCGGCAGCAUCCAGAACUACUUGGUCUUCGUGAACAGCGUGUUGUUCAUCAACACCGGCGGAGAUAGCAGACUGGCUGGUUAUCUCUUAGCUGCAGCAACAUUCGGACUCUGGGUAGCCGGGCCCAUUGUCAUCGGCUUUGUGCCGGUGAUGGUGGUUGGCACGUUGAUUUACAUGCUCGGAAUCGAGCUGACGCUUGAAGCGUUGGUCUCAACCUAUGGCAGACUGCAGAAGCUGGAGUACAUCACCAUCGUCAUCAUCGCUCUGGUCAUGGGGGUCUACGACUUUGUCGUGGGCAUCGCCAUAGGCAUCGGGCUGGCCUGCUUGGUGUAUGUUGUGCAGACAUCACGGAAGACCGUCAUUCGGGCGGAGUUCUCUGGAGCCGUGGCGGAAUCGACAGUACGCCGGCAUCCCCGUCAACGCAACUACCUGCACAAGGUCGGCCCACAGAUCCGAGUGGUGAAGCUGGGCGGAUACCUCUUCUUCGGGUCGAUUGUCAAGGUGGAAAAGAAGGUGCGAGAGAUGGUGGAUGCCGAGGCCUUCGCCCAUUCGCCCAUUCGCUAUCUGGUGGUGGAGCUCACGCACGUGACUGGCAUUGACUUCUCCGCGGCCGAGGCGUUUGCAAGGAUGAAUCGCAUUCUACAUCGCCGCGAGGUCAAGAUGGCGAUAGCCGGAGUCAGCUUUUCCAGCGACAUUGGCAGAAGUCUGACGAUGGUGGGCUUGUUUGUGCCGAGCGCCGAAGAACCCAUCAUCCCCGCGCCCAAGGUGUACGAAGACCUCAAUGGGGCGCUGGAAGCGUGCGAGAACGAGCUUCUGAUGGUAUUGACGGAAAAACAACAAAACGCAACCGGAGAACCGAGCAAGCCAGCACCACCCGUCCCAAUCCCAGACCACCUCUCCGAGCUCCCCGUCUCCCCCUUUGACGGCAUCAUCGGCACCCCCCGCCACACCCAACUCCACGAAGCAGCCAGCACAGCCAUCAGCGAAAGUCCCCCCGAAGCCCGCAAAUGGCAAAACCUCAAACAACCCCUGCCGCUCCUCCUGCAAGCCUUCCAAGAGCUCACUACGCGCGACGAAGCCUUCUGGCACCGCGCGACCCCCUACUUCACCAAGCGCGCCUUCACGCAGGGCCAAAUACUGUACAACCGGGGCGACCGGCCCGACGGCUUCUACCUGCUGCAGGCCGGCAUUCUGCGCGCCGAAUACUUUCUCGAGCAAGGCACCUACCACGAAAGCAUCGUGGCGGGCACCACUUGCGGCGAGCUGCCGUUUUUCAGCGACACGGAGCGCACGAGCAGCGUGGUGGCGGAGCGGGAGUGUGUGGCGUGGUUGCUGACGCCGGAGAAGUGGGAGGAGUUGCAGGCUGCGCACGCGGAUGUUGCGACGGAGUUGUUGAAGGUGGGGAUGAAGUUGAGUGCGGAGCGGAUGAAUGCUAUUACGAACUAUGUUUUGAUCACGGCGAGUUGA